UUUAGGCCCAAUUGCAACAAACCAGCUUCGUUCCGGUAUAAGCAUUUUUAUAUAUCUACUGUGUGUCUGUGUGAGAGAGAAAGCACGGCGAUGAAGAAACCCGGCGGAGCGGAGAAGAAGAAGGUGAGACGAUCUGCCGGUGUCGCAUCCAACGGUUCGAAUAGUACUACUUCUACGAAACAAGGUGUGAAGGACGUCUUCCAGCUGUUUGCCGAGAAAGCAAGAGAUCAUAAAGGCUUAGUGUCACGUUGGGCUGUCCUGCAGGAAACACGGGUAGAGUAUUUCAGAGGAAAAGAUUUUGUCGCUUUUGUGAGAAAUCAUUCAGAACUUAAAGACAUACUAGAGUCAGAUAAAGGUUUGGAGCCUGAAGAUAUUGCCAACACGCUGCUUCAGAAGAAUCUUUUAGUCCGCUGUGAUCGUGUGGUGAAAAUUGUUCGACCUGGGAAGAAAAAACUAUCUUCUUGGCCAGCACAUUUAGAGAUAUACCAUGAUCAAGUAUUUUCUGAAAAUGAUGCCUUUUUUGCAUGGGCAUUUGUGAAAAGAAGACCCCUGUGGCAAACACUUCUCUCAUUUUUCUGGCCGGUGUUAACACUAGCGAUUUGCUUGUUUCCUGUUUAUCCCCAUUGGGCCAAAUUGCUUAUACUAUACACGUGUGCUGGUCUCCUCCUUCUCAUUCUUAGUCUGCUAUUCAUAAGAGCUUUGAUCUUUGGUGCUAUUUGGGUACUUUUUGGGAAGCGCGUAUGGUUUUUCCCCAACAUUCUGGCCGAGGAAGCAACACUGCAAGAUUUGUUCCAGGUUUGGCCUCAGAAGGAUGAAGCCGAGCGACCUAAGUGGACAGCAAGGCUUUUCUACGCAAUAGUAGCUGUGGUUGUUAUUUUGCUCCUGAGGCAUCAUGCUCCUGACGAGGCUGCAAGAGCCAGGUAUCAGAAACGAGUUUCCAACAUUAUCGAUGAUGUGCUCGAGUGGUCUCCCAGACAGGCUCUGUCAGGGAUGAUGGAUACCGUUGUCAAUGCCACCAACUCAAAUGAUAAUGCAACUGAUGAUAGCAAAACUGGCAGUGAAAAAGUUGCUUUCACAGAUGACUUAGACGAAGAAACCAUUCUGAAAGAAGAGAGUGAGGAUGCUAUUGGAAACGUAGAAGAUAGUGAUCAUCAGCAACGUGACUUGUAAUUUAUAUAAAUGUUGAAACAUAUGCUUCAAGAUUAUUAUUUUUCUUAUUUUG